AUGUACGAGCAACCGUACACGACCAACAAAAUCGCGCGCACUGCCACAGCGCUCGCCAGUGGUUUCGCGAAGCUGGGCGAACAGCUAGCAGAAUGUGGCGAGUUCCAUCCGCCAGCACCGUUCUUUGAGUUCAUUCCGAAGGUCGCGAGACGUCUCAAAUCUCGCGACGUGAAUACUGAUAUGGGGGGACAGGUACCGGAAGAUAGUAUGGUAGGCCUCGGCUUCGCGGCGAUGGUGGCGCUCAAACGCCUGGACCUCCACUUCGAGGCGCGCUUCGAUGGCACGUUGCUUCACCGGCCCGCUGCAGUGGGGCUCCACCAAGGGAUGGAUGUCCGCCGUAAUAGUCGGGACGCUGUGAGGUCGAGAUUGAGUGGCUCACGGACUCGCUCUCUCAUUCAUCUCGCCGCCGAAGAGUCAGAUGAGUUUCGCGACGACGCUCCUAACCCUGCGAUCUUCAAAGUCUAG